GCAGAGUCUCCUCCACGUCAUCACGCAGACUGUGUACGGAAGUGGGGACUCCAGUCUCCUGCCCACAUUCCUCCACACAGGAUAAGUCAUUCAUCACUAAAUUUACCUUAUGACUUGUUUAGAAUAUGUCCGUAGUAUAUCUUAAUUUUUUUCGAAAUGUUAGAGCUGUGAGUCUUCACUAGACCCAGCGUCCACCUAUCUCUCAGGUGAACCAUAGGAUGAGCUCUCAGGAUGUCCUCCAGGACGCCUCCACCCUGGCGUCCUAUAACGUAUUGCUGCAGGUGAUGUUCCGCGCGCUCACCUUCGUGAUGAACGCGUUCACGCUGCGGUUUGUUUCCAAAGAACUGAUCGGGGUGGUGAACGUGAGGUUGAUGCUGCUGUACUCCACGCUGGUCUUCCUGUCCAGAGAGGCUUUCCGGAGGGCGUGUCUCAGCGGGGGGUCUGGACCGGGCCGGAGCUGGAGGCAGACCCUCAACCUGCUGUGGCUGACCCUGCCCCUGGGUGUGCUGUGGGGCUCCCUCCUGGUGUGUGUGUGGCUGUGGCUCCUGGAGGCCCCCGACCCCCAGGCCGUCCCCCACUACGGCCCGGCCGUGGGGGUCUUCGCUCUGGCGUCGCUGGUGGAGCUGGUGGGGGAGCCCCUCUGGGUGCUGGCCCAGGCCCACCUGCUGGUGCGCCUGAAGCUGGGGGCCGAGAGCCUGGCCCUGGGGGCCAAGUGCCUGUUCACCGUGGGGCUGGUGGUCCUCGCUCCCCAGGGGGGGCUGUACAUCUUCUCAGCGGCUCAGCUGGUGUACACCGGAUGCCUGGUUCUCUGCUACCUCGUCUAUUUUGUUCGCUUCGUGGGAUCUGAGGAAGCGAACAGGAAAGGUUUUCCGAUAAAGACGGUGGGAGAACUGCUGCCACGCUCGGCCCCGGGAGAGCCGGCGGUGGACUGGGCGCUGGCCCGGCUGACGUGGAGCUUCUUCAAGCAGUCGUUCCUGAAGCAGCUCCUGACGGAGGGCGAGCGGUACGUCAUGACCUUCCUGAGCGUGCUGAGCUUCGGGGAUCAGGGCGUGUACGACAUCGUCAACAACCUGGGCUCCAUGGUGGCCCGCUUCCUCUUCCUGCCCAUCGAGGAGAGCUUCUACGUGUUCUUCUCCAAGGUGCUGCGGAGAGGCGGCGACGCACGCAGCCAGAAACAGGAGGACGUGUCGGUGGCGGCCGAGGUGCUGGAGAGCCUGCUGAAGCUGGUGGUGGUGGUGGGACUGGUCAUCACCGUGUUCGGCUACGCCUACUCCCACCUCGCCCUGGACCUCUACGGGGGCGCCCUGCUGAGCGCCGGAGCCGGGCCCGUCCUGCUGAGGGUCUACAGCGGCUACGUCCUCCUGCUGGCCGUCAACGGGAUCACCGAGUGCUUCGUGUUCGCUGCCAUGAGCCAGGAGGAGCUGGACCGGUACAACGGGGUGAUGCUGGCCCUCUCCGUCUCCUUCCUGCUGCUCUCCUACCUGCUGACCGGGUGGCUGGGCUCCGUGGGCUUCAUCCUGGCCAACUGUCUGAACAUGGCCCUCCGCAUCCUGCACAGCCUGCUCUACAUCCAGCGCUACUUCAAGGCGAGCCCCUGGGGGCCGCUGAGGGGCCUGCUGCCCUCCCCCGCCCUGCUGCUGGCCCUCGCCCUGAGCGCCGUGGUCACGGCUCUGUCUGAGUCCAUGUUCUGCUGCUCCAGCGGCUGGCCUCUCCGUCUGGUCCACGUUGCCGUGGGCGCCGUGUGUCUGUCCGGCGUCCUCCUCACCGUCCUUCUCACCGAGACGCGGCUGGUCGCCUUCGUCAGGACCCAGCUCCGCCCCGGGACCCGGGGGAAGAGGACGUGAGCCGCGGCGGGCCGCUGGCCAGACCACCUGCUGGGCUCCAACAUGGAGGACUGAACACCAACCCAGGGACCGUUGGCAUGACUACAGUGGACCGUUGGCAUGACUACAGUGAGGGAGAGGCUAAGAACACCAGAGAGGAACUGGUUCCACACAGGCCAGAGUGGACUGGACCGGUUAGGACUGGACUACAGUGGGACUGGUUCCACAUAAGCCAGGCCAGUCAAGACCGGUCUGGACCGGUCUGGACCGGUCUGGACUGGACAGUUGGCGGUACGGUGAUGUGUUACAAAAGGUUGUUUCAGGUAGAUUAGUUCUGGUUACUAGUGGUUAAUCAAUCCUGAGAGAAUAACGACUAAUUAGUAAUAAAAAAGAUUGAUGAAUAUGAAUGUAAAAUUAUGCUUUGAAGAUCAGUUGGCUUUGAUCUGUAGCAAAAAAGACCAAAUACACUUUAUUAAUUUGUACUUUUAAAGUUGUUUUCUUUGUUUAAAAAAUCUAUAAUUUAUUUUAUGCCUCUCAUGCAUCUGAACUCUCUAAUGAAGCCUCUGCCUUAUUUCAUGGUUUGAAACAAUCUUAUCUAUCCCAAAUUGAAUAAACUUUUAUUUUUUACAUAUUCCAAGUACCAAUAUCUUACUAUAAACCUUUAAUAUAGUUGUUCGUUUUGGUUGGUUAUGGUUAGUUAGUUUACUCAUUAACUUUAACUCUUAUUUAUGGUAAUU